UAGUUAGUAGAGAGAAGGUAGCCUCGAUCCCAGGCCGCUCUUCAGGCCAGGCCUUGUGAAGGAGGCUAGAGAGAAGGCUGCCUGCACUGCACUGCACUAAAGGACUCUGGAGGCUCCUGACUUCUUCACUGCCACUCUGCUACCACAGAUGUUCAUACCACCACUGAUCCAACAACAUCAGAUACCACACAAAGUACACCAACAAACUCCCCUCAACAAACAGAUAAUGCUAUGACAACCGCAAUGCUAGACAGUGCUGGGAACACAGGAGCUAUUGUGGGAGGGUCAGUGGGUGGAGCCACCUUCGUACUUGUGAUUUUACUUGUUACUAUCAUCAUACUAGUUGUGUGCCUACUAGUCAAAAAGAAUAAGAGAAUGAAUAUCAGGACUGAGGUUACUACGCCAGGAUCCAGUACUGUGCAGAUUGCUGACAAUGAGGCAAAUUCAGUAGAAACCAGGUCUCCCAAUACCCUAGAAAACAUGGGUGAAGUCUUUUAUGCGGAUGAGAGGGAUGGUGAUAUGACCCAGAACAUAGCUUAUGGACGAUUGGUGGAGAAUGGAGCUACUAAUCUGACCUGGGAUCCCAAUACCCUAGAAAACAUGAGUGAAGUCUACUCAGAACCUACAGCAAUAGCCUACGAGCCAAUUACGAUGACAACUUUAAAUCCACCCAACAUGUAUGAAAGCAUUAACAUCCCCGACCUCGAAUAUGCACAAGUAGAUACCAUGAACAAUGGUCACAGCAAUGCGGAGGAGGGGGAUGAUGAUACGACUCAGAACAUUGCUUAUGGGAAAUUGGUGGAGAAUGGAGCUACUCGUUUACCAGAGACAGAGGAUGGAUACGAACUUGUGUGGUUGUGACAUAUGCUCUCAAGUUGGACAUAAUGAGAAAUGCUAUUCUAUAUACUGCCAUAUAAUUAUUCUAUUAUUCAUUUUAAAUAUGCUGCUCAGUUAAAAUGGGAAUUUUACUUCACAGUAUAAAUUCUUGCAUAAUUUAUCGUGUCUAUAUAAUUAUUUAUCAACAAUG